AUGUUUCGUUUAGGAUUAAAGCAAAUGACUCCAAUUGGAGCAAGAAACUAUGCUACUUUACGUGAAAUUGAAAUGAGAUUAAAAUCCAUUAAAAACAUUGAAAAAAUUACCAACACCAUGAAAAUUGUUGCAUCAACUAGAUUAAACAAAGCACAAAGAGCUAUGCAAGCUUCAAGAGUUUUCCACGAAUCCGACUCUGAAUUUAUUGAAAAUGCUGAACUUGAAGCAAAAGAAGCCGACAAAACUUUAUUAAUUGUUGUUUCAUCUGAUAAAGGUUUAUGUGGAUCAAUCCAUACUCAAGUUUCAAAAGCUGCCAGAAAAAGAAUUGAAGCUUUAGGUGGUAAUGUUGAUGUUGUCACUGUUGGUGAUAAAGUUAAAACUCAAAUGUUAAGAACUCACGAUGACAAAUUAAAAUUAUCAUUCAAUGGAGUUGGUAAAGAAGCACCAAAUUUCAAUGAAGUUGCUUUAAUUGCUGAUGAAAUUGUUAAAUUAGGUACUUAUGAAAAUACUGAAAUUUUAUACAACAAAUUCGUUUCAGGUGUUUCAUUUGAACCAACUACUUUUGGAGUUUUCGCUAAAGAAGCUAUUGAUUCCGCUCCAGGUUUAUCAAAAUAUGAAAUUGAAACCGAAGAAACUAGUGAAAUAAUCAGUGAAUUCUCAUUAGCUAACUCAUUAUUAACUGCUAUGGCUGAAGGUUACGCUUCAGAAGUUUCAGCUAGAAGAAAUGCUAUGGAUAAUGCUUCAAAGAAUGCUGGUGAAAUGAUUAACUCUUAUUCUAUUUUAUAUAACAGAACUAGACAAGCUGUUAUUACUAAUGAAUUAGUUGAUAUCAUUACUGGUGCUUCAUCAUUAGAUUAA